GUGGAAUAGACUGUCAAUAAAAAGUGAAGAAAUAGUACUAAUCUCUCUGUUUGUUUUGCUUAUACCCUAUUUAUGGAUGGUGAUGAUGAAGAAUCCUAAAAAAGAUAUAACAACGAAUAGGAGCACCUACAAAUUGAACAAACAGAUAUUCAUAUUAGCAGGGCAGAGCAAUAUGGCAGGUCAAGGAGGAGUAUGUUGCGGUCAUUGGGAUGGCAUUGUACCACCUGAGUGCCAAUCUAAUCCAGAUAUUCUAAAGCUUAGUGUGAGUUUGCGUUGGGAAAUAGCUAAGGAGCCUCUAAAUUAUGGGGUUGAUUGUGCUAGGAAUUGUGGAAUUGGCCCUGGAAUGGCAUUUGCGAAUGCAAUUCUUAAGAAGGAUCCAAAUUUUGGUGUAAUAGGUUUAGUACCUUGUUCUGUGUCUGGAAAAGGAAUUAACUGGUGGUCGCGUGGGAAUAUUCCAUAUGACCGGUUGCUGGAAAAAGUGAGGAGUUCUCUUAGACAGGGAGGAGAACUUCGAGGACUCUUGUGGUUUCAUGGUGAGAGUGAUACAAUCACCAAGUUCGAUGCAACUCGUUACAAACCCAAACUCCAGAAAUUCAUUCAAGAUUUGCGCACUGACUUAAACUCUCCUCUGCUUCCACUUCUAAUGGUUGUUCUGCAUAUUCCAGAUCCGUGGUUUAAAGGGAAAUUUGCAGAUAUAGUUAGACAAGCUCAGAUAGAAGUUGAAAUCCCAAAUGCAGUGAAGGUAGAUGCUAACGGACUAUCAUUGAAUCCUGAUGGCAUUCAUCUCACAACUGCAUCACAAAUUCGAGUCGGCAAUAUGUUGGCUGAGGCAUUUCUUUGUUCUAACUUUACAUCACCCAGGAAAAUUUCAAACAAGGUUUAUCACAUGAUGUCCUCCACUUAA